AUCCGUUGCCGGUUGCAGAUAUAAGCUUGACGCGCUGGCGGUUUAGCUUACAUGUUGUCUAGUUAAGUGAAAAGCACUGAGAGUGAUAAAAGAUUACUACUUCGGCGAACUGUACAUUUUGAAUUCUCAGUAAAAAGACAAUGGCCAAAUCUACAGCGAUAGGUAUUGACCUGGGGACCACCUACUCCUGUGUAGGAGUUUUCCAGCACGGGAAGGUUGAAAUAAUUGCUAAUGAUCAGGGUAAUCGUACAACUCCUAGUUAUGUUGCCUUUACAGACACUGAAAGACUGAUUGGUGACGCAGCCAAAAACCAGGUUGCAAUGAAUCCAAACAACACCGUAUUCGACGCCAAACGUCUCAUUGGCAGAAAAUGGGAUGACCCUACAGUUGCACAGGACAUGAAACACUGGCCAUUUGAAGUAAUCAGCGAAGCAGGUAAACCAAAGAUAAAAGUGGAAUAUAAGGGAGAAACAAAAUACUUCUUUCCAGAAGAAAUUUCUUCUAUGGUUUUGACUAAAAUGAAGGAAAUAGCUGAAGCUUACUUGGGAAAGAACAUAUCAAAUGCCGUCAUCACUGUACCUGCAUACUUCAAUGACUCCCAGCGGCAGGCCACUAAGGAUGCUGGAACCAUUUCUGGGUUAAACGUACUUCGAAUAAUCAAUGAACCAACGGCUGCAGCCAUAGCCUAUGGUCUAGACAAGAAGGGCACUGGAGAAAGAAACGUCUUGAUCUUUGACCUCGGGGGAGGGACCUUCGAUGUUUCCAUUUUGACUAUUGAGGACGGAAUUUUUGAAGUGAAAUCAACUGCUGGAGACACUCACUUGGGCGGAGAGGACUUUGAUAACCGUAUGGUCAACCACUUUGUCCAAGAAUUCAAGAGGAAACACAAGAAAGACCUUACUGUAAAUAAACGGGCCUUACGAAGGUUGAGAACUGCAUGUGAGCGGGCAAAACGAACAUUGUCUUCUAGUACCCAAGCCAGUAUCGAGAUUGAUUCGUUAUUCGAGGGCAUUGACUUCUAUUCCACCAUCACCCGAGCUCGUUUUGAAGAGUUGAACUCUGACCUCUUCCGGGGCACCCUUGACCCAGUAGAAAAAGCCUUAAGAGAUGCAAAAAUGGAUAAAGCUCAAGUUCACGAGAUUGUGCUUGUUGGUGGUUCAACCCGAAUUCCAAAAAUCCAAAAGCUUCUUCAGGAUCUUUUCAAUGGAAAAGAUCUCAACAAGAGUAUUAAUCCCGACGAGGCUGUUGCAUAUGGUGCUGCCGUGCAGGCUGCAAUCUUGAGUGGUGAUAAGUCUGAGCAGGUCCAAGACUUGCUACUGCUUGAUGUCACGCCUCUGUCCCUGGGAAUUGAGACUGCUGGAGGUGUCAUGACCACCCUAAUAAAACGGAACACUACAAUUCCUACUAGGCAGACCCAGACAUUUACAACAUAUUCAGAUAACCAGCCUGGGGUGCUUAUUCAAGUGUACGAGGGUGAACGUGCCAUGACUAAGGACAAUAACCUACUAGGAAAAUUUGAGUUGGGUGGUAUUCCUCCUGCUCCUCGUGGAGUCCCACAGAUUGAGGUCACAUUUGAUAUAGACGCUAAUGGCAUCAUGAAUGUCUCUGCUGUAGACAAGAGCACCGGGAAGGAAAAUAAGAUUACUAUCACCAAUGAUAAGGGUCGCCUUUCCAAGGAAGAAAUUGAGAAGAUGGUGAAGGAAGCUGAGAAUUACAGAGAAGAGGAUGAAAAACAAAAAUCUAGAAUUCAGGCAAAGAAUAACGUAGAAAGUUAUGCUUUCAACAUGAAAUCGACAAUAGAGGAUGAGAAAUUGAAAGACAAAAUCACUGAAGAUGAAAAGAAGAAAAUCUUGGAUAAAAUUCAGGAGACUAUCAAAUGGCUAGACAGUAAUCAGUUGGCAGAAAAAGAGGAAUUUGAGCACAAGCAGAAAGAGUUGGAAGGAGUGUGUAAUCCAAUCAUUACAAAGUUAUAUCAGUCUGGUGGAAUGCCAGAAGGAGGCAUGCCUCAUGGUGGUGGAGCAGCUCCUGGAGGUGGUGGAAGCGGAGGACCCACUAUUGAAGAAGUUGAUUAAUUAAUUAAUCUUGCUGUAUAAAUGUUUUAUAAUUAAUUGUAGAAUAAUAUUUUUCAAUUAUUUUGUGUUAUUUAUUUGUCUUAGCUUCAAUCAUUAAGUCAUGUUUAGUGUGUUAUAAUUUGUUAUAUACAUAAAAUAUUUCAAUUUUCCUAUGGCAAAUUUAAAUAAAUAUUUUUCAAGAAAAAGAAUU